AUGCUUCGACCAUUCGGCUUCUUCUCGUCCCAAAAAGGAGAACAAAAUGAGUCUUCUGAAGGUCCAUCAGCUUCAAUUCCUAAUCCUCAACUCUUCAAAGAUCUCAGUUUUCUCGAACGAUUGUCGAAGCCUAUCUUAUCAGCCGAAGAGUAUAUGAAUGCUUGUUCUGUAAUUGUCAGAGGAAUUCCUGAAUAUGGUCCAAACUCGAAAGAAGCGAUGAGCCUUCUGAAUGCUGCUAUUGGCAAUAUGACUACGAUGGUCAACAACAAAUUUGAUUUUACGUUCCAAUGCUGGCGAAUGGGAGAGUUUAAGGAGGAUCGGUAAGCAAUGGCAUUAUUUAUAUUAAUUUUUUCAAUUUUUUUUAAUUUUAGUUUUAAAAUGAAAAUUUUUACUAUUGGUUUGGGUAAAGUACGCUCGCGUGGGGUAGGGCAGAAUAGGGCAAGGUAGGAUAGGGUCAAAGAGAGUACGGUAGGAUAGAGUGCUGUAAGGUAUGUUAAGCUAGAGUAGAGUUAGUUUGGGUAGGGCAAUAUAUUAUAAUUUACAGUAAGGUGCGGUAAAUAAAUUUAAUUUUUAAGGGGUGGAUAAUUUUUUUAUGUUUUUUAAAAAAUUCGUAAAUUAAUCUUUUAUUACCUUAUCAUUCUAGAAAAAGAUACGUAAUUGUCCGAUUUGCCACGCCUUUCCAACGAAACGUCUUCCAUCAAUUCUACGUUCAACAAAAGUUUUGGAUCCGCUCGAAAAUCUCAGUUUACCCAUUAGAACCAGCCGUUCAGUUCGAAGACAUUAAGAAGGCCAAGAAUCUGGCACGAUACCUCAGAAGCCGAGGUCAUUCAGUAGUGUUCUACAAUCAAAAAAUCUGCAAAACUCGACUGGUCGGCAAACCUGAGCCUAUGCCAGUCGGUGAUAUUAAGAAGAUUUUGAGAGAAAAUGGAGUCGUGUUUGACGAUGACUUGAAGCUACAGGUGUCGCCGAAGAGUGAGGAUUCUAGCUCAUUGUACUCGAUUGAGCAUGUUAAGAUUGGCAGUGAGGAGAGCUCAAGCUCGGAUGAUUAG